UGAACAUAUUCGUGUUUACAUUCUUACCGUAAUAGAUGAUUUAUUAAGAAGCAUAAAACGAUUUUACUUUUACAAAUAGAGACGAAGAAUUCUGACUUCAAACUCUCAUAUAUUAUCAACGAUUGUGUGCUAAUCCGAGGAUUUUAUAAGUGAACUUAAUAACAAUACUAAUACUAUUAACGCAUUUACACUCUUGCAUCGAGUCCAGUGAUAUUCAGCUUCGAGUAUUGAGUUUCUGUUUUCCUGCUAACUGGUUCGAGACAGGUUGUCUUUUUUUUUAACUAACUCACAUUGUAACUUUGUGCGGAUAAUUAGAGAAAGCGUGUUGUAGUACACCAAACUUUUUUUACGGUUACACGCGGGAACUUUCAACUUUCAACACGUGUUGCUGGCUAACCUGUUCUUAAGACGCAUAAAGGAAUAUUUUGUCGGUUAAGGACAAUGGACCAGUUUAAAGUGAACGUUUAAGAUUUACCGCAGAUUGGAUUUCGGGACGAUUUUCAUAAUCAAUUAACCCAUUUAAUUGUCUAAUUGAGGAAAGUGAACCCAUUAAUAGUGAUUUUUUGUAAUUGUCGAUGGUUGAAUAUCGGGAUGUUUUUCAUAUGUUAAUAAGUUUAUGACGGCAAGUUGGGUACAGGCGUGAUUUCAAGGACAAUAUUAACUGAUGUUUAUCGCGAUGUUACGUUAUUCGUUGAACAGCCAGCAAUGUUACUUCAAGUGUUUGAAAAGGUCGACAAGAGAAGUCGAUUUUGGAAGUUGUUAGGUUAACAGUUUGACUAACUCGAUAAGAUUAGAUCUCCGUUGAAGCGCCAAGUGACCAAAACGGAGAAGAAUUUCCCAGCGAUUUGUUUGCACUGAGAGAUGAUGUGUAAUGAAAGACAUUAAAUUAUAAGAAACGAUUUAAUCGACAGUAAACAAAGUUUCUGAAGUGCACAGCACGUGAUGUUUAGAUUGACAGUUUUAUUAAAUUAUGCGUAUAAAAUGUCGUAAGGUGGCGAAUCUCAGGAGAUAAUUGUGCACGGAUAAAAAAAAACAAAUUACUGUAGUUCUUUUUUAAUAUUUUUAAAAACAUUUUGAUAUAGUAGAGCCUACACGAGUUGAUCUAGAAUGUAUGUUCUAGUUGUAAGAUAUUCGAUUUAGUUCUAAUACGGGCCAAGGGACUGUAAGCUUUGUUAGAAGACAUUCAACAAAUGCCUCGAACAGAAUAAGGAAAAGGGCGUUUGUCAUUCGGCUAUUCACGAGAUUGAUUAAUUUAUAAUUCAUUCAUAAUAUCAAGAAAACAUACUUCAACAUGGCUGAAAGACGCGUGUCAUUAAGAACACUUCUUCGUUUUAUUCUUCAUAUUUAUUUACAUAUCCAUAUCGUAUCCGGAGUGAUAUCGUCUUAUGGUAAAAACAAGGACUGGACGCAGACGGGCGGAUCUUUCCAAACGGGUACGAGACUUAAAAGAUGGGCGGAUGCCGCUUUUCAUUAUGUGCAUAACCUUAACUGUGAAAAUAUAUUCUUUACGACGUCGCGGGAAUGUCGGAGUUUAGUGCUGGUGCCGAGGUCCGCAAUGAACAUUCACGUGGCCUUGCCGUCGGCGUACGGCAAAUUUAAAGCUAUAUUACCUGAUGGAUCUCUGUCUAGAAAUAAUUUACAUCAAGCUGUAGUUGUUAUUGAUCCUUACCCUACAGCUAAUUUUGGCCAUCUUGUAAUUGUGUUUAACGUGGAUAUGGACAAAAGGAGUCACAUGUGUCAGAAAAAAGGCGGCAUUUAUUUAGAUACUGGCGAAUGUAUGCAACUGGCUUUAAGACGUAGAUGCCGCAACGCAUUGGAGAGGCGAUCAAGAAGACGGAACUACGCAAGAAGAUGCGAGAUCAACUUUCUUCCUGUGGUGCACCUAGAAUCGACGGCGGCCAACAAAUUAUACAUGAUAAAACGUAAAAAUUAUUUAGAGUGCAUGUCUAAUGUGGCUGGAUUCGGGCGAUGCCAAGUGCUAAGAACACCCAAUGAAACAAGCGGGAUUAUCUGUAAUCCAAUAAGGGACAAUACACAGCGAUGUUCCACCACACGCGAGACGGUUCGCACCAGCUGUCGAUUAUUUGAAAUCUGUGAUCAAGCUGUCGUCCUAUCAGGAGGCUGGAAUCGUAUGACGUCAGGGUUACGUCACAAGAAGAAUGUUGAGAAUAUGUACAAUAUGUUAAGAAGAAAUGGUUUUAAAAGAAGAAAUAUCAAGCUGUUCUUCGCUAAUGGAGCUAAAUCACUGAUAAGACAAGGUGAUGCACCCCAGCGAGUACACCCAGCCGCCAUGAAACUAGCAGUACGAUACCAUUUACGGAAACUGUGUCUGUCAGCUCACUGUGUUGAUUCCCUGGUGGUCUAUUUCAAUAAUCCAGCUAAAAAUGACGGCACAUCUCUUUUAUGGGAUAGCAACAGUGAUGGACUGGCAGAGGAAAAUGAAAAAUAUCCUGUAUCUGAACUAAUGGAUGACCUCAAGAAUUGUGCCGCGAAAGCUGUUCAUCUAAUGGUUGACCAGAGUUAUUCUGGAGUUAUAGCAGAACAUUUCAAGAAUUCACCCGACCAUUCCAAUGUCAUUGUUUUCACCAGUGGUCGAAGUAAUGAAUAUUCAUUUGAUGACGAAUUUACUCUCCAUUGGUCGAAUAAUAACAGCUCAAACAUGUGCACGAGGGAUAUUUUUGAGAAAAGUAAAAAUGUCGUGAAGCAUUCAUCACCACAAUACAGUGAAGGUCGACACAUCCACGUGAGAAGCACAAUAUUUGGAGCGCCAUGCGAUACGUCACCACCUUACACGCCCCGUGAACUACGUCAGAAGUUUUUGGGUUGCCAGAAUCUGCCGACGGCUGUCUGGUUGAUGAAAAUGUUACAAAGAGAAGACAAAGUGUUCCCCAGCAAGAAGUCUUUUUAACCUUUUAAUUUAUAUCAACGUAAAUAUUGUGUUGUGAAAAACGAUGUAUGUGACGAGAAAAAAAAACGGCGUAGAAAAUGACGCUUGGGUUGCGUAAAUAGCAGCCUGAUAUGCGAAGACAUUUUGAAUAAUCUGUGCUGUAGCCUAUUCGUGUACUGUUUGUUCUGUGGUUUUUCAGCAGCUGCAUGGCCUGAUUGAUACAGAAGAAUUCUGGAAGUCAAGACACAAUCUUGUAUAACCAAGAGAAGGGCGAAAUUGUGAUUAUAACUGAGAGACGAAUGGUCCUUUUAGGAGGACAGAGUUAAUUCCCUUGGUAGGCUAAUUAGCCUAUAAUUUUGCUCUCAAAGAGAGCACUAGCUUUUGUAACAACAAAACAUGUCUAGGACAUGACUGAAUUCUAAGGCUCGUAUCUUGUGAGUAUUACGCACAGGCACUUGAAGGGAUCAAACUUUCUGGCAUUUCUUGUCUAGCAUACUACAAUAGGUACAAAGUAUAUCACGCGCCAUAUUGUUUUGACUUAACCAGACAUUUCGUUCUCGAUCAUUUCACAAUAUUCACUACGAGUGACACAUUCCGCCUCCAUUUAUUGUCAAAGAGUCUUUAUAUAGCUGCUAAUAUAACUAAAUUGGAUCAUUCGGGCCAAGGGGAUUCUCUUUUGUUUGAUUACCCAGUCCCUAGACAAAUCAGGUUCAACGGAUAGUUUGACGUAGGGACUGUGUGAUCUAGACUAGACUGUUACUAAGGAAAACUUCAUGGGCAUUAACCAAUCAGAAAUAAAAGGUUCCCAAACACCGCGUCUUCCCGCCCAUUCAGAAAUUGAUAUUGCGUUAAGUUGGAUUUGUAAAUAAUAACGCUAUAAAAUGAUCAUUUUAUUGAAAUUGGGGGUUGUAUAAGAACUAAAGGAAGUCUAGUCUGCAACAAAACGGAAGGAGAGUGUUACAAGUAGCAACUAUUGUGCGAUAAUCUUAGAAAGAAAUUCACCGAUUCAAAACAAUAUGGCGCGUGAUAUACUUUGUCCCUACUGUGGUAUGCAAGACAAGAUGAUAUAAGAAAUUUUAAUCACUUCAAGUGCCUAUGGUAUUACUGAUUUUCGAGAGACUUGUCAGAAUUGAGGAGAGCAAAGCGCGUGGACACCAUUGCCAUAAUGUGAAUCUUAAAGUUUCUCGCCAAUUUAAAGAUGAAGAGUUGGCAGUGCCCAUUUUGUUAUUUUGUUAUUAUUUGAAUUUAGAUGUAACGAGUUACGUACCUUUAAUACUAUAUUUUAAUUUGCGUUUUAAGCAACCCAUCCUUUCGCAGUCAAGGUAUUUAGCUUUUUAGGAGAGUGCUCUGGAGAUUAAGAUUCCUUUAUUUGAAAGGCACGUGGUUAACCAAUGGUAUCUAAGGACAGAUAACUCGUGUCUUGCUUGUAAGUUUUCAUCCUGAAGACCAAUAUACAGUCAAACCUCACUCAUGUGACCGGUGCCCCCAUCAUGUAAUAAUACCCUACUGAUAGUCUUUAAUCUAAUUCCCAGUGUUGCAUGUCUGUGUUUGUCUAGUACACUCCAUUAUCAUGCGAUGCAGUGGUGACGGAUUUCACAGGGGAUCUUUAACCUUUAAGUGGUGUCAAACAUUUCCUCAUCUGUAGCAAUAUUUAAAAUAUGAAAUGUCAAAGCUUCAGAUUUGAAUUAAACGACAUUACCCAAUUUUUCAUCAACAUGAGCAUAUUAAACAAUGACCAAUUAAAUUAUCUAAAAACUUUAUAUAACAAAAAUGGCACGAAAAUCUUUCAUAACUGGCUCAUGCAAAAUGUGUCAUUUCCCAAUCAUGGAUAAAGCAGCGUGUGAGUAAAAACCAUCAGGUCAAGCACUAUCGAGAGAAUACCUUGCUCGUGAUAAGGUGGGACAAUCAAGAGAAUACCUUGCUCGUGAGAAGAGAAUACCUUGCCUAUGAGAAGAUGGCGCCUGUGGCAAUCAAGUGCUUGCAACAAUUUUUCAAACUUUAUACAAAAAUCAAGAAGAUUAGAAGAAGGAUAUUAUAAUAUUGUUUUUGAAAUUGUUUGUUAAAAUUCCUCCUUUAAUGUGAUGUGAAAGUGGCCAACGGUUUAUGUAAACUUUUUUGUAAUUUGAAUUGGAUGGUGUAAAAUUAAACAUGGCCUGUAUCUGACGUAGUGUGGUGGGGGUUCUAACUAAUUAUUCAACUUACUUUAAACCCUCUUCAUUAGCAAAAUCGGAGCAGAACAGUAUGACGUUAAACCUCAUUUCAUUUACUUACUUAAAAAAAAAACCCAACAGAAAUGACGAUGGUUGGAUACCCGACCACCAUAUACUUUUACAAAAGUACAACAGAAAAUUUGUUGGAUAUUUUGUGGAAAAAGAAACUUAGGAAUUUGGGAGAAAAUGGGGCUCAGGAUGUCCGUCCCUGAUAAUACCGUAUGGUUAUUCCAAUAAGAUAAAAAAAAAUAUGAGAUUUAAAUAUUAGAGGGGCACACAGGCGGUUAUCUCUCCCCCACCCCUGAAAAAAAACCCCAGAACGCCCCCCCACCCACCCCAUUAAAAAAUGUUAGAACGGUAAUUUUGGUAAGGAUCACAUACUAUAGAUAUAGUAUGUCGAUUUCUUCGAUAAAAAAGAUAAUAUAAUCACUUUAAAGUUAGGUUGAAGGGGUGUUCAACUCUAGAGGGUUAAAUCUGGGUGAUUAACCCCAUCAUAGAAACGUACAGACUGUUUCGGUAAAAGAAAUGAAGUAGAGAUGAUUAUCCCCACCAUAGUAAAGAAGAAACUAUAGAACUAGUAUAUGUAUUUGUUUCAGUAUAAGUUAUAUAUUUGAAGAUGAUAUUAUUGUAUUUGAAAUGGAAGAUGAUAUUAUUGUAUGUAAAUACGUGUAUUUAUAUAGUAGGUAAUAUAUAAAUAGUUGAUCAU